AUGGCCAAAUCCUGGGUAGCUAAUAAUACUAGUAUUCGUAUUACUCUUGCUAAGAAACCGCCUCUAUUGCUGCUGCUGUUGUUUCUACUGGUCUCCACCAUUGUAGGCGGUGGAGCUGCUCGAAGAGAGAGGUGGGAGUCAAUCAUUAAAUUGCCCACGGAGAAGGAAGAUUUGGGAGUAGAGGAAAAGCGAAAUGGGACGAGAUGGGCUGUUCUUGUUGCUGGUUCUUCUGGUUUUGGGAACUACCGGCACCAGGCAGACGUAUGUCAUGCGUAUCAGUUGUUAAAGAAAGGGGGAUUAAAGGAUGAAAACAUAGUAGUGUUUAUGUUCGAUGAUAUCGCCAAGAACGAAUUGAAUCCCAAACCUGGAGUCAUCAUCAACAAUCCCAAUGGCUCUGAUGUUUAUGCCGGCGUGCCUAAGGAUUACACUGGGAAACAAGUUACUACCGAAAAUUUGUACGCAGUACUCCUUGGACAAAAGAAUGCCGUGAAAGGUGGAAGUGGGAAGGUUGUCGAUAGCAAACCUGAUGAUCAUAUCUUUAUUUUUUACUCCGAUCACGGAGGCCCAGGAGUGCUUGGAAUGCCGAAUAUGCCUUUCCUAUAUGCUAAAGAUUUCAUUGAGGUCUUAAAGAAGAAACAUGCAGCCGGAAGCUACAAAGAGAUGGUUCUAUAUAUUGAAGCAUGUGAGAGUGGAAGUAUUUUUGAAGGUUUGAUGCCAGAAAACCUAAAUAUUUAUGUUACAACAGCAUCAAAUGCCCAAGAAAGCAGUUAUGGAACUUACUGUCCUGGGAUGCAACCACCUCCUCCUCCAGGAUAUAUAACUUGCUUAGGAGAUUUGUAUAGUGUUGCAUGGAUGGAAGACAGUGAGGCCCACAAUCUAAAGAAGGAAACAAUUCAACGACAAUUUAAAGUGGUAAAAGAUCGGACUUCCAAUUUCAACACUUACAAUAGUGGAUCUCAUGUGAUGGAGUAUGGAAACAAAAGCAUCAAAGCAGAGAAGCUUUGUCUGUAUCAAGGUUUCAACCCUGCCAAUGAUGAUGCCACUGAAAAUGAACUUUACGCGAAUACCCAUAUGGAAGUUGUCAACCAAAGAGAUGCAGAUCUUCUCUUUUUAUGGCAUAGGUACAAAAAAACGACGGAAGGAUCCCAAAAGGAGGAAAUUCUGAAGCAACUUACAGAGACAAUGAUGCAUAGAAAACAUCUUGAUGGUAGCAUAGAGUUGAUUGGAGGGCUUCUCUUUGGGCCAGGAAUUGGUUCCUCUGUCCUUGGUGCUGUGAGACCAUCUGGUCAACCGUUGGUUGAUGACUGGGAUUGUUUGAAAGCAAUGGUGCUGUUGUUUGAGACCCAUUGUGGAUCACUGACUCAAUAUGGGAUGAAGCACAUGCGAGCAUUUGCAAACCUGUGCAACAAAGGGAUCCCACAGGAAGCAAUGGAGGAAGCCUGUAUGGAGGCAUGUAAUAGUAAGAACUUGGGGACAUGGAGUCCUUCUAGUCGAGGUUUUAGUGCUUGAUUAGGUUGAAUACGGAAUUUCUUAUAAAUAAACUUUGAUGUUAGUCUUAGUUAGAUUUCUUUUUCUCUCUUGGUCUUUGUA